AUGAACUCUCCGCAGCCGACAGACCAUGCAAAAGUCUCUUACUUUCAACUUCUCAGCUCCCUGAACGGCCCUGCGACGGACCACGACGAUGACCUUGGUGAGUGGGAGCAGCGCGACAGACAACGUCGCCGCAGGUUCUUCAAAUCAUGUCCAUCACCCGAAAUUCCUUCUCGUGCCAGCAAAGAUGCAUCCGCGUCCGGCAAAGGUCGAGACGGCGCCCUCAGGAGGGUCCUCUCCGCGCCCGACCGCCGCCAGCCCCCCUCGGCUCAAGUCAUCGCAAACACUCAGAGCGGAGGAGCUGCAGCGCGCAAGGGACGGCUGGGCGCGCUCCUUGACACAGAGCCUGGCGACGCCGACGAGACGAUUGUCCCGGACUCGACGCGCCCCGCGCACAAGGCGCUUCGUCGUAGCGACUCCACUCCGAUGAUGCCGACCAAGAAGCUGCCCCUGGACGUGGGCGAGCCGUCGCCUUCUCUCGGCGUGGGCCUGCGCAAGAGGAAGCGAGGCUCAGACACGAAACUAUGUCCCGAGACUGAGCAAAUCUUCAAGGACUUGGCAUUCUUCUACAUCCCGGACAACGACAUUGCGCCAGCGAGGCGGCUUCGCAUUGCCAAGGCACGCGAGUACGGUGCUCUAUGGACGAGAAGCCUAUCGGCAGCCACGCACAUAGUGGUCGACAAGAACCUGGGCUAUAACGAUGUCGACAAGGUCACUUGCACGGCCAGUCUGACCCGUCUCCCGAAGCUGGUUAACGAGGACUACCCCAUCGACUGCAUCCAGUUCCGAUCUCUGCUGGAUCCCGACCAAAGAAAGUACCGCAUCGCUGGUCAGCCAGAAGCCACUGCAGGCCCGCAGCCAAAAGUCACCGCCACUCCUAGUAAGCGGGCCGAGUCCUUGCAGCUGAAGCCAAAGCACGACAACCAAGGGCGACGCAGUCGUGCACCUCAGCCGAGCACGCCACUAAGAGACGACGGGUCCUCUCAAAGAAGCGUUGUAGAUGCGACGCCGGCUCCGACGGGUCCGCAGCCCUUACCGCCCGACAAGGGCCACGGCCCGGAACAUGUCCCUGAGCGUGACGAGCUUGCUGUUAUCAUCAACAUAAUGCAGGAGUUUAAGCAUCUCCCGCUCGACAAGGACGACGAUGAAGACGCGCGCUCUGACUCUGGCCAGUCCGUGACCGAGUCAAGGGCGGAAAACAAGUCAGACGCGGAGACGGACGAGAUGCGCGGUCUCGAAGCCAGUGAAUCGCCGUUGAAGCCGGGACGAAAAACCGGCAAGUUCGAGGAUCGUUUCGCCUGUCACCAGGGCGGCGAGAGAGACGCCAAUGCGGACAACCCAAACGCUCGCACCAUCGAAGUGUUGCAAAACAUGGCGAGCUACUACGACCGCAUCAACGACCACUGGAGAACAACGGGCUAUCGCAAGGCCAUAAACACACUGGAGCGGCAAGACGUCAAGAUACGCACCGAGGAAGAAGCCUUUCGUCUGCCUCACAUUGGCCGGCGCAUAGCCCAGAAGAUUGAGGAAAUCGCCACGACGGACAGGCUACGGCGACUCGAGUACGCGGAAGACGAGGCGACGGAUGGGGCCCUUCAACUCUUUCUGCGGAUCCACGGCGUCGGGACUAACCAGGCGCGGCAGUGGAUAGCACAGGGACACCGCACGCUCAACGAGCUUGUGCGACAGGUGAAGCUUACACCGAGUCAGAUGAUAGGAAUAGAGCACUACGACGACCUGGCGACGAGGAUUCCCCGGCGAGAGGUGGAGGCUCUCGGAGCGGUGGUGAGGCAGGCGGCGGCGCGGGUGGACCCGGCUGUGGAGCUCAUCAUCGGCGGAAGCUACCGGAGGGGGGCGGACAGCUCCCACGACAUCGACCUAAUUGUGACCAAGAGCGGUACGACAUCGCUGGGGGAACUGCGGCCGUUUCUCGACUCGCUCGUGGGACGGCUCGAGAAGGACGAGUUCCUGGUGGCGCGGCUCGCGUCGUCGAGGACGGGUCGCGACGGCAGCACUUGGCAGGGGUGCUGCGUACUGCCCAGGAUGGCGGGCGUCGACCAAGAGGGAUACCGGGCGGUGUGGCGACGGAUCGACUUUCUGCUGGUGCCCGAGGCGGAGAUGGGCGGGGCGCUCAUCUACUUUACGGGCAACGACAUCUUCAACCGCAGCAUGCGGCUGCUGGCGCGCAAGAAGGGGAUGCGGUUGAACCAACGAGGCCUGUACAGGGACGUGCUUCCGGGACCACGCAGCAGCAGGGCGUGUGAGGGGGAGCUUGUGGAGGGCCGGGUUGAGAGGAGGAUAUUCGAGGUGCUCGGGGUGAGAUGGAGGGAGCCGCACGAGAGGUGGUGCUGA